CGCUACCACUUUCCCAACAGUUAAACUAAUUGUUGAAAUUUCGCGCUCAUUUAACGAACAAAGCAAAACUUGAAGUUUGGUAUCGUUUCAGUUCGCGUGAAAGUUUGUUUCAGUUGCUUUAAGAAAGCGGAAGCAUUAUGUAAUACUUAAUGCAUUUGAAAAUUCCGGAUGUCAUCAUCGGUUAUUUAAUGAAGAAGACGAGUGUGAUGAUCAAUAUAUCUGUACUGUGGUCUGUGCAACAACAAGAAAAUUUUGCAUACAGACCCGAUCACAAUGCCCAAAUGUCGUGUACGUUACACCAUAAACAACUAUAAACUUGUUAUUUUCGGUUCAGCUGCUGUUGGUAAAUCAUCACUUGUUAGAAGAUUUAUUUUUGAUGAAUUUAGGAUCACUUAUCGUCCAACAGUUGAAGAAUGUUAUCGUUAUAUGAUGCAUUCCAAGAACUAUUUUUAUAAUCUAACAAUCGUUGAUACUGGUGGCAGUCACGAAUUUCCAGCCAUGAAAGAUCUUCACAUCACAGGGUCUGCUGCCUUUAUUCUUGUGUUGUCCGUUGAUGAUGUUAAAUCUUUAAAUCAAUUUAUGAAAGAUUCCAAGAUUAUUCUUGAAAAGCGAGAAGAUGCCAAAAUAUUGAUAGUUCUUAACAAAAUAGACAAGCAAAAUCGAGCUUUCUCUGCCAUGCAGAUUAUCGGACACAUGGAGAAAUAUCGUGAAUGGAAUUCUAAAUUUCAGUAUAAAUAUCUUGAAACAUCAGCUGAAAACAACAACAACGUGAGAAAGUUGUUCAACGAAGUUAUUGACCUGCUUUCACCUGUAUGUCAAUGCAAUGGAAAGAAAGGAAACAUUUUGUAUUGUGGAUUAUCGCAAUCUUGUACGAUGUUAUAAAUGUACUCGAUAACUUAGAGUUAAUGCGAUAAAAUGACAGGGCAAACUUCCAAAAACUCUCGAUGAGAAUCAUUUAUACAUUUGGCUUGGCAGAAAGGUCGCUUUGCACAGAAGCCGUCAAAUACAUGUUGUUUUUUAUCAAUUUUUAUCGUGGAUAAUCGAUGAAUUUCUUGUUGAUCAAGUUCCUUAUCUUGUACAUGGACGGUUGCUUUCUUGAAUGCAUGAAAAUAAUAUAAAACAAGUUUAAAAUUGUCAUUUGUUUGACGCUUUUGUCUUAUAAGAUGUUUGCAGUAAGAAGCUGGUUGAACUUUUUUCCAAAGAAAUCAAGGUGCGAAAGAAUUUUGACAUGGCGAGACGUCAAUUAUUCCACAUAAUCAAUCAUUUUAACCUUUAUGCAUUGGAGAUUUAUUUCAUGUUUGAUUCGUAAUUGUAUAUAAAGAAAAUCUAUAUAUAGUGUAUAUAUUUCAAUAAAUUCAUUGGGAAAUUUAAAAAAAUAA